UUUAUAAUUAUCUCAACAAUCAAAAACAAAAACUGGGAGACUUUUUAUUAUUUUCUUGAUCAUUAGUGAUGGUGUCCUUUCACACAAUAAGUCAAAUUCCAAAACAAAGAAAUGUUAUGGAAGAUUUGUGUAAGAAGAGAAAAUGGGAAGAUGAAUUGUCUUGUGAUGAAAUAAAGCCACAAAUUAAACCUAAAAAGUUGACAACUUUGUUUGGUACACAGCUGAAUCCUGAGACUCCUAUGCCUUUGGAGUGGCAAAGAUGUCUCGAUAUUAAGUCAGGACAGAUUUACUUCUACAACACGAGGACACAAAAGAGGACAUCAAGAGAUCCAAGAAUAAGUAAUUCAGAGCCACCAACACAUCCAGUGCAUAUGAGUUUAGAUCUUGAACUCAACUUAUUACCAUCAUGUGGAUCACCAGAAAAGACCAACCAAAUUGAUGACAAUUUUGUUAGCAAUUCGAAUAACUUCAUCAAAAAGAACAGUGAUUCUCAAGGUUUAAUCAAUCGUUCACCCUCAUGGCUAACAUUUGAUGUUGAUCAACAAGAAAUGGUCACUGCAGUUUGCAAGAAAUGUCACAUGUUAGUAAUGAUGUCUAAAUCUUCACCAACGUGCCCAAAUUGCAAAUUUGUCCAUCCAUUAGAUGAAACCCUUCCUACCCUUUUCAAUAAAAGGCUAAGCUCCUUUUGAUUAAUUCAAGUGGCCAAUAAUUUAGCUUCCUAGAUAGCACCUUUAGGAAAAGCUUAUAUAUAUUUUAUGUAAUAUCCCCUGAUUGGAGGGUGAGCUAUAAUUUCGUAUGGUGCAAAGGAAAUUAGGGAAAACGUUUAUUGUAAAGGAAGACGACAUUUACCAUUUUCAGUAUGUACAUACUUAUGUAACCCCAAAAAAAGCCUUGCUAACUGUAUGAGUCCACUUUCUUUGGUAUCAUGCAUGAUUGUAAAAAGAAAUUGGCUACUAUUAUAUUGAAAAUUUUGCAACAUCAAA